AUGGACUCGUCUGAAACAAAAGCCAAGCACGAAUCUAUCCAACAUGGUGACCUGGAUUGUCUGGAGGGUCUCAACUUUCAACCAGAAGGCACGCGGAAACUGACCCCUCUACAAACUAUAUCCGCCAGCUGGAUUAUUUGUGACAGCUGGGCGGGGGUUGCUGCCACGGUGGCUCUUGCAAUCGUUCAGGGUGGGCCCGUAACUCUUGUCUAUGGGUUGAUUCUGAUCUUCUUCCUGGUUGGUGCUUGUACCCUGACCCUGGCGGAGCUCGCAAGUACCUAUCCAACAGCUGGCGGGCAGUAUCAUUGGACGAGCAUUCUGGCUCCUAUACGUCUAAGUCGGGCAUUGAGUUAUUGCUGUGGUGUCUCGAACAUGCUUGCGUGGAUUGCUAUCUGCACUGGGAUUGCCAUCAUUCCAGCACAGCUCAUCCUCGGGAUUGUCCUCUUCUAUGACCCGGAGUAUCAAGCGCAGCCGUGGCACUAUUUCUUAAUCUACCAGUCCAUUAAUGGGCUGGUCCUGUUGUAUAAUACAACUCUGUUGAAGACGUCUCUCUGGUUUCAUGACGUAUCGUUCAUCGUGACCCUCGCAAGUUUCGUCAUUAUUAUGGUGACUUGCCUAGCUCGCUCGGCGUCUCACUAUGAGGCAUCAAGUGUCGUAUGGGCGACCUUUCUCAAUGGUAGCGGAUGGAACUCGGGCGGAGUGGCUUUUCUCACGGGGCUUGUCUCUCCUAACUACAUGUACGCAGGUAUUGACGGGGCCUUGCACUUGGCCGAAGAGUGCCAGAAUGCGACCACCGCCGUUCCUCGUGCUCUGAUGAGUACACUGAUUAUUGGCUUUGUCACGUCCUUUGCCUUCAUGAUCACGAUGCUGUACUGCACCAGUGAUUUGGAUACUGUGGUGGCAACCUCUACCAGAGUUCCCAUUUACGAAAUGUGGCAUCAGGCCACACGCUCCACCUCGGCCGCUACUGUGUUCAUUUGCCUCCUGCUGCUUGCAGCUGUCUUCGCUCUCACCGGUGCUCAACAAACAGCAUCGCGUCUGACCUGGUCCUUAGCGAGAGACCGGGCUCUCAUUGGGAGUCAGUGGAUCGGAAAGUUACAUGACACCCUAGAGGUCCCGGUCUGGGCUCUGGUUUUCAACUAUGCUGUUAUGUUCCUCAUCGGGUGUAUCUACUUAGGAUCGUCAUCUGCAUUUAAUGCCUUUAUCGGUACCGGUUUAGUUCUACAGCACAUUUCAUACGCUUUCCCGGCAGCAUUGCUGCUCUAUCGAUGUCGAUCGACGACUUGGCUGCCGGAUCUGCGCCCCUUCCGGUUGCCUCGUCCAGUGGGUUGGGGAGCCAAUGUGAUAACGGUGUGCUUCGCCGUGCUGGUCUUGGUCUUCUAUGACUUCCCAACUGUGAUGCCGGUCACUGGCAGUAGUAUGAAUUAUACACCUGCAGUGCUCGGUGCCAUGGCUAUUGUGGCUGGCAUCAAUUGGCUGGUAUAUGCACGAAAGUGGUAUCAGGGUCCACGACUUCGUAGAUCUAAUCAGGAAACACAGAAAUAA